CUGUCAUGUCCUGAGUCUGUUGGCCUUUGCAGCCGACUUCCUCCUGUGCUCUAGCUUGCUGAGCCACUGUAGGUUCUCUGCGGUGUUGUUGGUCUUGUCGCCGUCAACAUGGUGCACCUCCAGAUCCCUCUCCUCAUGGCCCUUCUGCAGUAGCUCUCGCAGCUGUCGAUGCUGCCACACGAGAGCCACAAGGCGGUGAACCUGGUGCAUACGCGACUGCAUGGACACACCAGGACACAGAAUUAACAGGCCGGUCGGUACAACGAGGGAGGGCUAACCUGGAGCUGUAUCCUGCGAUAGCCGAGAGACGUCAAGCAGCCCAGAGUCACCCUCCCGUUGGUGUGCCGAACCCUGCCCUUGUUCGACACCAUGGGCGCCUUCCCCCUCUCAUCCCUCAGAAACGGUAUGCUGCGGAACGCCUCGCCCUCCUCGUUGGUCUCUUGCCGCGCCAGCUGAAACGUCCACUUGGCCAGGCUGCGAUAGGCGAAACGGUCGGUCGUGAAGAUGAUGGACCGGAAGAGCUUGACGGGGAGGUCGAAAUGCCGUGCCGCAAGCGUCACGCUGCGAAAGGUAUGCCUGGUGCCGUCCUCCUUCGAAACAGCCGUGAUUCCUCUCGCCGUCGCCAUCAGAGGGCGGGGCCGCGGUAUGUCCAACUGAGCCGUCUUCCUGGCGUGAUCCCCCGCCGACAGCCACCGCAGGUUCUCCACCCGGUUGUUGGCCUUGCAGUUGUCCUUGUGGUCCACCUGGAUCAGCGCACCCGGCUGCUCCUGCUGCAGGCGACCUUUCUCGUCCGCCAAGAAGGUCUCUGCUAUAAGUCGGUGGACGAGGUAGUGCUUGCGCAUGAUGGAGACCUGUAGGUAGCCGUCUGCGCGCGCCUUUCCGGCUGUGGGGAACCUGCUGCUGCGGUGGUGAAUGCGGCCGUGGGUGGAUGCGCUGGCGCCAUUUUUGCACAGUCCAUCGAAUGAAGGGAUUUUUCGCCACUCCUCCGCCAGGCGACUGAAGAAACGAAGUCCAAAACGCAUUUCGGCGUU